AUGGAUCCCGACAGUAAACGCCGGGGCUAUAUCAACUACCCGGAGCCGAUCAAAGGCCCGGAUGUGCCCUACUUCAAUGGUCGAAAAUCCAAUCCCGCGCUUCGGGGCCCGAUCCUGGUCGUCUGCGCCUACAUCAUGGAAUGGCUCGGCUUUGUGCGCCAUUUUGUCUGGUUGAAUGCUGGCUUUGGCUCGCUCAGAAAGAUCUUUGUGGAUAUUCAAGACUACGAGCCCUUUUAUGAGCCAACUAUUGUGCCUUUGCCGGACCCCGAUGCGCCAGAAUGGACAAAAGAGAGCCGCCUUGACUUGACUUUGCCAGCAUCUCUUCCCGUCCCGGCCGCAGACAAGUACCCGUCUACAAGAUACUACACGGCGGAGGACUACCACAAUCUCUACCUCUCUGGAAAGCUGACUCCGACAGACGUGGCUCGGAGCCUGUUGCCACUGAUUCGUAAAAAGGGAAGUUCUGCCGGCGAGGAGCCUGGACCGCACCAGGUUGCCUUUUUCCAAUCGAGAGAGGAGCUCGUUCUCAAGGCUGCCGAAGCCUCCACGCUCCGGUACCGCAAGAAGAAGUCCCUCGGCCCUCUCGACGGCGUGCCGACCGCCGUCAAGAACGAGUACGAUAUGGAUGGGUACAAAUCGUGCCUCGGUUCCGUCAACGACUACACGAGCGACCAAUUCGAAGACGGAAGUAUUGAUUGUUGGUCGGUCCGCAAGCUAAAAGAGGCCGGCUGUGUCAUUAUCGGGUCUCUGCACAUGGUCGAGUUUGGGCUGGACACACCAGGUAACAACACCAACUACGGCACACCACCGAAUCCUUACAACCCCAAGUACUACACUGGCGGCAGUUCGUCUGGCUGUGGAUAUGCCGUAGCGUCCGGUCUCAUCCCCUUCGCCCUCGGCAGUGACGGCGGCGGAAGCGUCCGGAUUCCAGCCUCUUUCUGCUCUGUGUACGGUCUCAAGCCGACCCACGGUCGCCUAUCCUUCAAACCUGGUCAGAAUCACUGCAUGACGUGCGCGUGUCUUGGUCCCCUCGCCGGAGAUUUGAGAACACUGGCGACUGUUUAUUCUGUCCUCGGCCAGCCACACCCUACGUCCAUUUUUCCACCGGUGCCACCGCCAUCUGUUCUUCUCGACCGUGCCCAACCGUCAUAUCCCUCUUCGCUAUCGGUCACGCAUUCUUCCGCGACUUCGCAGCGCACUUUGGGCAUUCCUCGCGCAUGGUUCGAGCGUGCCGAUUCUGUUGUGCGCGAACUUUGUCUGAGCUACAUUGACCGCUUGGUCCGGGAGCACGGCUACGAGACAGUGGACAUUGAGAUCCCGUACCUUGUCGAGGGUCAAACAGCGCACGCCUUAACUGUGCUGACUGACGCUGCCGGCCUUUUGCCGGAGUACGGCAACUUGACCAUGGCCAACCGAAUUCUCCUCGCGCUCGGCCGGACGACACCAUCCACGGACCACCUGCUUGCUCAAAAACUACGCCGCUUGCUUGCCAAUCACCUGUCCCACCUGUGGCACAAAUACCCUGGCAUGGUCAUCAUGACGCCGACGACAAGCUGCGCUGGCUGGCCAGUCCGAAACCCCAACGAAAGCCACUGGGGUAUUAGCGACGGCGACACGACAAUCCGCACCAUGGAGUAUGUCUGGCUCGCCAACUUUUGCGGUCUUCCGUCGAUUAGCUUCCCGGCCGGCUAUGCUGUUCCUGAGGGCCAGCCAAAUGCGGGUACAAUCGCCGGCCCCGACGUCGUGGGCAAGGUGCCGGUCGGUAUUAUGGCCACGAGUGAGUGGGCCACUGAGACAGACCUGCUGCGGCUCGGCUUGGAUGCCGAGGUCAUCUCGGCGGAACGCAAUGUACGGGCCCCUAACUGGGUGGACGUCAUUGGCACGGCGCAGAAAACCAAGCCCGAAGCCAGCGAGUGA